GUUAGGGGGUUAGGAACCACGAGGCAGGACCAGGUUCAUAGACCCUGGUCCUGCCUCCUGACACGGCCCUGCUGACACCUGCUAUCAUUAUUAUUGUUGGUCUCAUUGCUAUUAAUUAUUAAUAUUAAGAUGUGUUGUUCUACUAUUGCAUUUAUUGUUCAUUUUAUUAUUCUGCUGAUGGUAAUUCUUUGUUUUCCUUCUUCAAACAUGUUUCCAUUCCUGUUACCUCUGCUCCUUUUUCUCACCCGUUUUUAUUCCCUCCAUCACUCUUCUUGCUCUCUCCUUCAUCGCUGUACGUCUUUCAGAUCUCUCUCUCUCUCAAACACCAAACAGAGAGAGAGGGGGGGGGUCUUUAUUUUACCAAAAGGAACCUCCUUCUCCGUCAGUCGCCUCUCACCCUUCAGUCAGUCCCUCAGUCGGCGAGAGGAGAACAUCUCACAUGAACUCCUCUCAGGCAAAGUUCCUCUCUGCUCUCGGGUCUCCGUCCCGCUCCCUCAGCUGACAUCCACAUGAUGGACGCCGCGCUCCUCUCCAACCUCCCCGAAGCUCUGAGCCCCAACUCCACGGAGGAGCCCGGCUCGGACAGCGGGGAGACGGUCCACUUCGUCGUGCGCUGCGUCAUGACCUCGGUCUACAUCCUCAUCAUCACCGUGGGCCUGCUGGGCAACGUCACCCUGCUGAAGAUCUUCGUCACCAACAGCGCCAUGCGCAGCGUGCCCAACAUCUUCAUCUCCAGCCUGGCGGCGGGGGACCUGCUGCUGCUGCUCACCUGCGUGCCGGUGGACGCGUUCCGCUUCUUCUCCGAGCAGUGGGUGUUCGGCGAGGCGGCGUGCAAGCUCAUCCCCGUCAUCCAGCUCACCUCGGUCGGCGUGUCCGUGUUCACGCUCACGGCGCUCAGCGCGGACAGGUACAAGGCCAUCGUUAACCCCAUGGACAUCCAGACGUCCAGCGCCGUGUUCUGGACCUGCCUGAAGGCCGUGUCCAUCUGGCUGCUGUCUGUCCUGCUGGCUGUCCCCGAGGCUGUCUUCUCCCAGGUCGUCUCCAUGCAGGGUCAAAGAGACUUCUCUAACGUCACCUUCGUGAACUGCGUCCCCUACCCGCUGUCCAACCAGAUGCACCCUAAGAUUCACUCGGUGAUGAUCUUCCUGGUUUACUUCCUGGUUCCUCUGACCAUCAUCUCCAUGUUUUAUUACCACAUCGCACGCACGCUCAUCCAGAGCGCGCACGACAUGCCGGGGGAGGUCAGCGAACACACCAAGAGACAGAUGGAGACGAGGAAGCGUCUGGCUAAGAUCGUGCUGGUGUUCGUAGGCCUCUUCGCCCUCUGCUGGUUCCCCAACCACGUGCUCUACAUGUACCGCUCCUUCCACUACCAGCAGAUGGACCUGUCUCUGGCUCACCUGGUCAUCACCCUGGUGUCCCGGGUCCUCAGCUUCUCCUCGUCCUGCGUCAACCCCUUCGCCCUCUACCUGCUGAGCGAGAGCUUCCGCAGGCACUUCAACAGUCAGCUGCGAUGUGGUCAAGGCUCGCGGCCCGAGCGCCACGCCAGCUACAUGCACAGCACCUCCCACAUCCGCCUCACCUCCAUCAAGAAGACCACGCCCACCGCCGCCAUCGUCGCUCCGCCAGUCAACGGCGGCCCCGGCAGACAGGAAGUGGCUCUCUGAGGCUUCUCCAUUGCUCCAGUCGCUCCUUUCACUCCUUCUUCUUCAUAUUCAUCCUUAACUCGGCAACCAGAACCAAAGGUUCCUCUCGGGAAUGUGUGCGUGAGUUUGGACGGCAGCGUGAGCGGCGAGAAGCCGGACGGACGCGUUUCCUGUUUGUGCUGGAAGCGAGUUGGAAGUCCAUCGAGUCCAGGACAGAGAGGACAGACGUCCUGUCCACAGCUCGACUGUCUAGAUCCACAGAGGUGUCAACGGGGACGGAGGGACAGAGGGACGUCCACCUCUUACCCGGGGACCUCUGGUAGACCGCCUGGGAGCGUUGGGGGAGUUGACCUUUGACCCCUGCCUGUCCGCUGUCCGUGUUGUUCAGUCAGAAGCAUGUGACCCGGUGUAAAGGACCUCAGGAUGUAUCUGGGCUCUUUGCAGACACUCACUGAAGGGAAUGCAACCGGGUGUGAAUGUAUCUGAAUAGAUUUCACU